AGCGAGACUGAGCCCAAAAGAGCGGCUGCAAUCCGCCCCUUGCGCAAAAGAGUGGCGCAGCGCGACUGCUUUCAGGGUGCAACUGACUUUUCUGAACGCGUUCUGCAGCGAGCGCGCGCUCAAAAGCAAGGGUGCAGCAGUAGAGCUAGCACUGCCUGCAGCAGCGCGCGCGAAGGAGCGCUAGCGACGCAACAAAAAACCGCACCCAGCAGCGUCUAAAAAAAGCGAGAGACCGCGCGCUGCUUAGUCAAGCUCCCGGGGCGUUACGACAAAGACGUCGACCCCGGCAGAAGUAUCGCAAGAGGACCUGCCGUCAAUAAGGCCGGCGAAGCGACGCCAGUUCGCGAGCUGGUAAACAACCGGCGCACACGCAGGUCCGCGACCGCGUCCCGUGCCGCGACUCCCGCGCGCGCCGAAGAUGUAUAACACACCUGUCCCGAAGAGAUUCACCCCUGCACAAGGGGCUCGCUGCCGGCGACAACCCUCUAAGAAGUACUGAGGUCCCCGGAGCGCCGCGCGCGCGCGCCCGCCUGUCGCGGCGCGCCUCAUCCAUUCGUCCGCAGGCGCGCGGCGGCCUCCGCUACGAGAGAAGUGCACCCCCGCGUCGCAAAAACCUCCACUCGCGCGCGCCUAUGACGAAAACAGAUCUCUGACACCUCUUGUUUGAGAGCUCCGGUUCGCUGAACGUACACCUUUCUUUCCAUGCUAAUGCCGAGGCUCGAUUGCGUCGUCGAGGCACGCUCGAUCGACCGCCGAGGUCGUUCGUUGACCUAUCGUACUCACAGGUGCCGCGCAGCUCCGGCGGCAUCCACCAAAAUAACUUAACAACAGUCGCGCCCCGCGCGGGAAUCAAACGCGCGGAGAACACAAACGCGAAACGUCCGGAGGAUUACGAAACAUAGAUGACGAGUCUGACGCGGACCCCAUCCAUUCAUUCGGGGGAAGCGACUUAUGUGAUGCACGAUACGAGGCAUUUGUAUGACGGGCGAACGACACGCGCACCACGCCUGAUCGAGGCUAGGCGUCCGGGACCACGCGACGCGCAGGC